AUGAACGACAUCGAUGAUGGUUUGAUGCCUCUUCAGGUAUUUACAACGGCAGCAUCGCUGCUUGAACUGGUUGAUAAAAAGGUGACGCUGUCGCUCAGAAAUGGCCGCACGUUGUUUGGUGUGCUCAGGAGCUUCGACAGCUACGGAAACCUCGUAGUUCAAGAAACCGUGGAGCGUAUUUAUCUAGAGGGCAAAUAUGCCGAGGCAGACCGAGGAGUGCUUAUCAUCCGAGGUGAGAAUCUCGCUCUUCUGGGUGAGAUUGACCUGGCCAAGGAGGAGGAGCUCGAGGCCAAGCAUGCGGGGCUGGAGAAAAUCGACUUCGACCAAGCGUCUGACGAGUUCGCCAAGCGUGAUGAGAAGCUGAAAGAGGACUUUCUCGAAAAAGAACAAAUUCGUUUGCAGGCUGGCCUGUUUAGUAACCUGGUGGCAGACCACCCUUACCGCUUUUAG